CUUAAACUUCAAAGACAAAGUUUGUUUUAAUUUUUCGUCCCGGAUGAUAUUGCUGUUUCGGCGUAAAAAUUAAAACUUAUUUGUAGGAUAUAUUUUGUUGUAAGAACUAAAAGAUAUAAUGGCAGUUCCAGAUUAUAAACUAAGCACAGUCCUUUCCGGGCACUCCAUGGACGUACGUUGUGUUUCCGCAACUAGGGAUUAUUGCAUAUUAUCAGCUUCACGAGAUAGAACAGCUAAGCUGUGGCACCCAGAAGGCGUUAAAAACUAUACCAAUGUAGUAACUUACAAGGGGCACAAAAACUUUGUUUCCUGUGUUUGCUGGCUUCCACCGUGUGAAGCGUUUCCUGAAGGAUUGGUAAUAACUGGAAGCAAUGAUAACACGAUUCUAGGUUACAACCUACUUGAUGGAGCAGUUCAGAUUAAUUUAAAGGGCCAUGAUAAUGCUGUUUGCAGUGUCACACCUGGUGGAGAUUCAGGAAUUCUUUUGAGUUCUAGUUGGGAUAGUACUGGAAGAAUAUGGAACAUAAAUUCUCCUCAAAUAGCUCCCAUUGUGUUGAAGGGUCACCAAGCAGCAGUAUGGUCACUUGUGGAACUAGCUAAUGGCACAUAUGCUACAGCUUCAGCUGAUAAAAGUAUCAAGUUAUGGAGAAAGGAUGGUGGCUUAUUAAGCACAUUAACAGGUCACACUGACUGUGUUCGUAGUUUGGCUGUAUCCAGUAAUGAGACUUUUCUCAGCUGUGCAAAUGACGCUUCAAUAAAAUUAUGGACAAAUAAGGGAGAAUGUCUUAACACUUAUUAUGGACAUACUAACUAUAUAUACAGCAUUAGUAUUAAUCCAGGUGUGGAACAUAGUUUUGCUAGUAGUGGUGAGGAUGGCAGUGUUCGAAUAUGGUCCCGAGGUGAUUGUAUUAGAGAAUUAAGACUGCCUGUCCAAUCUGUAUGGAGUGUAGUUUGUUUGGAAAAUGGUGAUAUUGUUACUGGUUCAAGUGAUGGUCUUGUAAGGGUGUUCACAAAAGACCCUUCACGGUUUGCUGAUGAAGCUACACUAAAACUGUUUGAUGAAGAAGUGGAGAAAAUGCUUCUAUCCUCACAACAGGACUUUGGCGGAUUUAAACUCUCUGAAUUACCAGGCCCUGAAGCUCUCUUGGAUCCCGGUAAAUCAGACGGUCAAACAAAAUUGGUGAGACGAGGAACCAAUGUCAAAUGUUAUUCUUGGAGUGCUGCAGAGAAUACUUGGAAUGAGAUUGGAGAUGUCAUGGGAGCUAAGCCGGCCAGCGAAGGGAAGACUAUGUACCAAGGGAAGGAAUAUGACUUUGUAUUCAGCGUGGAUAUUAAAGAUGGCGCACCUGCAAUCAAGUUGCCUUUUAAUAAGACUGAAGAUCCUUGGGUCGCCGCACAAAGUUUCAUACAUAAAAAUGAUCUUCCGCAAGUGUACUUAGAGCAAGUAGCUAAUUUUAUAAUAUCAAAUGCCAAAUUAGACUCCUUGCCGGCACCCAGUAAUAAUGGUUAUGCAGACCCAUUCACGGGGGAGUCUCGGUACGUCCCAGGAUCCACGGUCCCUGGUCUUCCACCACCGUCGUCAUCCGACCCCUUCACCGGCUCCGGGGCAUAUACGACGGCCAGUGCAUCCAUAACGUCAACAGACAAACCGUUGAUACCACACGACUCUUAUAUCAGAUUUGACCAAGGAAAUUUAAAAGCGAUUUACGAUAAAUUAAAGGAAUUCAAUAGUAAGGUCGGGGAUAGUCUUAGCACAUUCUCUGAAGCUCAACUAGAAAACGUCGUGAAGUUAGGAGAAGUGAAUUGUACAUACAAUCCUGAAACUAUAACUACGUUAAAGAAAAUGCUGGAGUGGCCAAAAGAAAUUCUAUUCCCCGUAUUGGAUGUGACCAGACUAGCCGUCAGAAACAAAGAUAUAAACGGGAUCAUGUUCGACACUAUGUAUGGACCAACAUUUGUUAAAUACCUAUUGUCAUUAUUAUCUCCGGAUAAUUUAGCAGCGAACCAAAUGCUGGCCAUGCGUGUACUAGUGAACGCAUUCAGCGAUCUUCCUGGCGAAAUGUUGGUGCUCGCUGCCAGAGAGAGCGUCGUGCAUUCGAUCAUCUGUCUCCCUCAAUUGAGUGGCGGCGCCCAGAUCGCGGCAGCGUCUUUACUGCUUAACCUAUCAGUGGCACUCGGCCAACAAACGGAUACUGUAGAACUGGUGGACUGUAUAAUACAUCUGCUUAAUAAGACUGCGGAUAAGGAGGCUUAUUUCAGAGGUAUAGUUGCUCUGGGAACACUUUUGGCUGAAACUCCGAACAAAGUGAUGAUUCAAUCUAAGAUUGUCUCAAACUCAACUCUACACAACAGAAUGAAAACUGAUAGUACGGCAGAUCCUAACAAUAAAAUUAAUAUUUGCUCACAACAAAUGCUAAGAAUGUUAUGAAAAAAUAUACUUAAUUUAUUAAUG